UAUAUUUCAAAGUGUGAACAUAUUAGUCUCACUGCCCUCGAGAGAGAGCAUCAUUUCUUUCCAUAAAUGACAACUCCAACACACGAUAAGUAUCAGAGAGUAGUGGAGCUCACUCCAUAUCAUUAAUCAUUACCACCUACUCCUCCUAAGUUCUCAACUCAUAAUAAUCAAUGAUGCUCCCAAAACCCAUCAUAGUAACAACACCACACGCAUCUUCAAACCUCCCUCUCCCUCUCCUCAACAUAUCCUCCGUCAGAACACAAGAAAAACCCAAAACCCAAACCAUAAGAAGAACCACCACCCCAACAAAACCCACAAUUGCCCCUCCACCACCCACCACCACCCAAAUAACCAAAAGAAAAACCGAACCCUCAGUGCCAUCACUAAUCUUCAAUGCAUUCGACGACAUCAUAAACAACUUCAUAGACCCACCACUCAAACCCUCCGUCGACCCAAAACACGUCCUUUCACAAAACUUCGCCCCCGUCGACGAGCUCCCUCCAACAGAAUGCCGCGUCAUACAAGGCACGCUUCCACCGUGCCUCGACGGUGCUUACAUCAGAAAUGGCCCAAACCCACAGUUCCUCCCCCGUGGACCCUACCACCUCUUCGACGGCGACGGCAUGCUCCACUGCCUCCGGAUCUCCAAAGACAAAGCCCCCACCCUCUGCAGUCGCUACGUUAAAACCUACAAAUACAACACCGAAAACGACGCCGGUUUCCCUCUCAUCCCCAACGUCUUCUCCGGCUUCAACACCCUGGCCGCUUCCGCCGCACGCGGCUCCCUCACCGCCGCAAGAGUCUUAACCGGACAAUUCAACCCCUCUAACGGCAUUGGCUUAGCCAACACCAGCUUAGCUCUCUUCGGAAAGCGCCUCUUCGCACUCGGAGAAUCAGACCUUCCUUACCAAAUCAACCUAACCCAAAACGGCGACGUUCAAACCCUUCGUCGUUACGACUUCGAUGGCAAACUCGUGAUUAGCAUGACCGCACACCCUAAGAUAGACGCUCACACCGGCGAAUGCUUCGCGUUCCGUUACGGCCCUGUUCCUCCGUUUCUCACCUUCUUCCGUUUCGAUUCAAAGGGAAACAAACACCAAGACGUUCCUAUCUUCUCCAUGACGCGACCUUCGUUUCUUCACGAUUUCGCUAUCACAAAAACAUACGCCAUUUUCGGUGACAUUCAACUCGGAAUGAACCCUCUCGACAUGAUCUUCGCCGGUGGAUCUCCGGUCGGUUCAGACCCUUCCAAGGUGUCCAGAGUGGGGAUUCUUCCCCGAUACGCCACCGAUGAGUCAUCCAUGAAGUGGUUCGACGUGCCGGGAUUCAACAUGAUCCACGCGAUCAACGCGUGGGAUGAGAACGACGGCAAAACGGUCGUUCUACUCGCGCCGAAUAUUCUCUCCAUCGAACACACGCUGGAGAGAAUGGAGUUGGUUCACGCCAUGGUGGAGAGAGUGAGGAUCGACCUCGAUACCGGGAUUGUAACGAGGCAACCCGUGUCGGCGAGGAAUUUGGAUUUCGCGGUGAUAAACCAAGCGUUCCUUGGGAAGAAGAACAGGUUCGUUUAUGCUGCGGUGGGAGACCCAAUGCCGAAGAUCACGGGGGUGGUGAAACUUGACGUGAGCAGAGGGGAAGAGAAGAGGGACUGUACAGUGGGGUGUAGAAUGUACGGUGAAGGGUGUUACGGUGGAGAACCGUUCUUCGUGGCGAGGGAAGAAGGUGGUGAGGAAGAUGAUGGGUAUUUGGUGUCUUUCGUUCACGAUGAGAAGAAGGGAGAGUCGAGGUUCUUGGUGAUGGAUGCCAAGUCGCCGGAACUCGAUGUUGUUGCCACGGUGAAGCUUCCCCGGCGGGUACCUUUUGGUUUUCAUGGGUUGUUCGUGAAGGAAAGUGAUAUCAGAAAGUUGUCUCUGUCGUGAAUGCCACGUCAUGGAUCCAUAAAUAGUAUUACAGAAAAAUUUACAGAACUAGAAGAAAUAGAAUGAGAUGAAAAGAAAAAGAAAAAAAAAAAAUUCAAUCGUCACUUCCAUGAACAUGUAAUUACUG